AUGGCGGAGACUGCUGCUGCUAGAAGACCAUCUGCCCCAUCAUCUGGACGUCUUUACGUCAAAGCCAUCUUCACCGGGUUCAAGAGAGGACUCCGUACCCAGUCCGAGCACACCUCUUUGUUGAAGCUCGAGGGAGUUUUCAACAAGGACGAUGCUGCCUUCUACACCGGAAAGCGCGUUGUCUAUCUCUACAAGGCCCACAACAAGACCUUGAAAACCGGACACACCGUCGCCACCCGUACUCGUGCUAUCUGGGGAAAGAUCACCCGCCCACACGGAAACGCCGGAGCCGUCAGAGCUAAGUUCCACCACAACAUCCCACCAACCGCUCUUGGAAAGAGAAUCCGCGUGCUUCUCUACCCAUCCAACAUCUAA